UUUCAACAGGAUGAAACCCUUGUAUAUGAUCUAUCUGAUAGAGUGCUUAGGUCUUUACAAUUGAUGCAUUUUGAUAGCUCUACAACAGAAGAAGUUUUGCCACAACAAAAAUUGACUUCAGAAGCAUUGAGUCACAUAGAUUCCCAAAGUUCCAAUAAAAAUCAGCAUGAAGUUAAGGAUAAGGAUUAUUAUAAAUCUGAUUUGCAUAGAUUCAACUUGAAGAGAGAUUUGAAAGGUCUUCCGAGAUUAACUGAAGAAGAAUUUGAAGAAUUAGCUGGUGAUUUAGAUGAGAGUAUAUCAGGUUCUGAUUCAAGUGAUAGCGAAGAAGAAGGUGAAGGGGAAAGAAAAGACAUUUAUGCUUACAAGAAGGAUAAAUUAGAUACAAUCUUUGAGAAAAAUAUUAAACAGUUGGAAGAUUUGAAACUCCAAGAAUCUGAUAGAGUAGUGAGUCACCUUGCUACAAGAUCACCAUAUAUUUUGUUUAAAUCUGAUUUAUUAGAUCAAGAUCAAUGUUUUGGUGUGUAUAAAUCACUAUUCAGUAUUAAAGAGUUAGAAGAACCAAUUGAGGCUUUGAAAUCAUGGAAAUCAAAAUCUUCUUCUGGGAAAUCAGCAUUAUUGAUGAUUGGUGGUGGCCAUUUUGCUGGGGCCAUUAUAAACCAUAAACCAAAAUCAACAAAGGGGAAUGCCAUAAAACCUGGUGAAUCAAUUUUGGAGCAAGGUGUUGACAUUGUUGCUCAUAAAUCAUUCCAUCGUUAUACAACAAGAAGAAAACAAGGUGGUGCUCAAAGUGCUAGUGAUAAUGCAAGAGGUAAGGCAAAUUCUGCAGGUUCAAGUUUGCGUAGAUAUAAUGAAGUUGCUUUACAAAAUGAAGUUAGAGAAUUAUUACAAUCUUGGAAAAAAGAAUUAGAUGAAUGUGAUUCAAUUUUUAUUAGAGCAAAUGGUUCUUCAAAUAGAAAUAUAAUUGUGGGUUAUGAACGCGCAGUUUUACGAAAUGAUGAUGAAAGAAUAAGAAGUUUCCCAUUCACCACCAAGAGAGCUACAACUUCUGAAUUGAAAAGAGCAUGGGUUAAUUUAACUUAUUUGAAUAUAACUUCGAGACCAAAAGUUGAUGAAAAGAAAUUAAAGCAAAAACAACAACAAGAACAGAUUCAACAAAGUCGAAUUCAAAAAGAGAAGGAAUUAAAAGAAAUUUCACCAGAGGAGAAACAUACUGCUGAACUUGUUGGUUACUUGAAGAAAUCAAGAGGUCCAGUAUUAAUAACUUAUUUGAAGAAGCACAAGUUAUCUCCAAAUUUCCAAUUGAAACCCGAAUCUGAAUAUUUCAACACUCCAACCUUAUUACAUUUUGCAGCAGCUCAUGGUGUGAAAAACUUGAUAUCUAUUUUAAUAAAGACUGCUAAAGCUGAUCCUACAAUAACAAAUAAUAAUGGUAAAACUCCAUUUGAUUUGAGUGCAAAUAAACAAACAAGACAAUCAUUCCAAAUCACAAGAUUUGACCUUGGUGAAGAUUCAAUAGAUUGGGAAAAAGCUCAUGUGGGUAAAGCUAUAAGUCGUGAAGAUGUUGAAAAACAAGAAGCUGAUGAGAAGAAAAAAGAAGAGGAGAAUAAACAAAAAUUGAUUAAAGAAGAGUUGACCAAAAAAGAAGAAAAUAUCGCAGCAUCAAAAGAAAAUAAAAGAUUAGGAGGUGUCAAUCUAAGUGAAGCAAAUUUGAAUUCAUUAAGUGAUGAACAAAAAAUGAGAUUAAUGAGAGAACAGAGAGCAAGAGCUGCAGAGGCAAGAUUUAAACAACAACAAUUGAAAUAG